CUACCAUCUCCCAUCCUGAUUUGCAAAUGAAAAUGUAUCUGUAUUUGUGCAGUAUGGCCGGUACAUCCGUGCCCUGCUACGCCAGUAGAAAGGUUUGCCCAUGAUGACUGAACUGCUGGCCCACGGCAACGACCGAGUGGUUCGAGCGAUGUCGGGUGCGCUUCGUAACCUGGCGAUUGAUGCUCAUAACAGAGACCUACUAGGCAAACAUGCAGUGCCUCACCUAGUGGCCAACCUUCCUGGUGGCGGUCAGAGUCAGCCCGUGCGAGCACUGUCAGAAGCUACAGUGGUGUCCGUGUUGAGCACGCUCCAUGAGGUGCUGGGCUCAAGCUUGGAAGCUGCAAAGACUCUCGGGGCCUCACAAGGAAUUGAGAGGCUAGUCCUCAUCAACAUGGACGGGUAGGGGUCUUCACUGAAUUAUAGGAAG